UGUCGACGCUGGCGAAAGAAUAAGGCAGGAUAAGGAAGGAUAAAGGUAAAUGCCGGAGGUCUCUUACCUUUAAGUCUGAUCGCUACACGCAUCUGUGCUAUGCACUUUGUAACAUCGGCUUGAGUGCAACUAGUUGACAAGCAUAUCUGGGCCGGCCGGAUUAAAUGUACACGAAACUACAAAGAACGCUGGGUUCCACUCAGUUGAGCAACCCCAUUCAUACCGAACUCUGGGAGGAAGCGAACAAAAGCUUCCGGUGAAAAAUAGAGGUGAAGUUAUCAUUGAUUCAUUGGUCAGUGUUCCGAGCUCGUUUCCAUGGUAACUUUGGGGUUCAGGAACAUGAGCGAAUUAGUAUGCAUCAGCGCGUAGGUCCCCCAGUGCUUAUCAGUUGUUAGAUAGCCGUUCAUGUCGGCAGCCAAUUUCGGCUUUCGGUGAAAAAGAAAAAUAAAUAAAAUAUAUAUGUAUAAAGAUCAAACUGCGAACGGAGAUUCGCUCCCAAACUCUGCUGCUAUGCAAUAAUUUCUAUGUGACGAUGUCGUUUAAUAUGCUAGUAAAUAAUUCUGCGUGUUCAUCCAAAAUGAAUAUUUAUUUGGCUUGGUUCCUGAUCUUCAACAUUAUAAUGUUCCUCGCGCUGUCUGUAUCUCUGCCAGUAUUGAGCAGCAGCUCAGGCUGCAGCACCAUUACCACUUGUGAUCCGUUUCUGCCUGUCUGCGCAUCGUCGACAAAUGAGCACCAAUUCUUCUACAGCAAUUGUGAAAUGUUGCGGGAUGCCUGUCUUACGGGAAAGGAUUGGAAACCGGAUUACUUCAACCACUGCAAUGUCAGCAAACUUUAG